CUAAUGGAGAAACAUUUAUCCAAAAUUAAAGUACCUUGUGGCAAUGCAUCCAUUUACAAGGAUGAAUGUGUCUAUUCGUAUGAUAAUCCUGAAACACCGACCGGGCUGUAUGUCAGUUUGAGUAGCUUUCUGGGUUUCGGCGAAGAGUACGUACUGAAAUAUGCCGAAAAGACAGGCAAUUGUGUGUUUUUGCAUAUACGCCGGGAAAAGAUACCCAUCGUUGAAGAUGACCAAAUGAAGAGUGGUGAUGGUGAAGCUGGACCGGAACGUAAAAUAACCCGCCUGGCCAUUGGCAUUGAGGGUGGCUACAAUGAUGCCAAUAGCAAAAAAUAUGAAUAUAAAGAUCACUACAGUAUUGUUGUGGCCCCAGAUAUACAAACAAAAAUACCAUUUCCCAACAAUGACUUGCCAUUAAUUGUGACUCAGUCGGUUGAGGCAAUAUUGGCCCAAGAGUCUGCCAUUUCAAAACUAGAAAAACAAACAUUAACCGGUACCUGGGAUGGUGAGGUACGUCAGGUUUCCAAAUAUUCUGAAACUCUUACCCAAUUGAAUAAUGGCAAAAAGAUACCCCCCUCGGGUUGGAAAUGUGAAAAAUGCGACUUAACCAAUAACUUGUGGUUAAAUCUCACCGAUGGUUCCAUCUUGUGUGGCCGUAGAUUUUUCGAUGGUUCCGGUGGCAACGACCAUGCUGUGGAACAUUAUCGUGAAGUAAACUACCCCUUGGCUGUUAAACUGGGCACCAUAACCACCGACGGCAAAGCCGAUGUAUUCUCAUAUCCCGAAGAUGAUAUGGUUAUUGAUUCAAAACUCGAACAACAUUUGGCCCAUUUCGGCAUCAACAUGGCCGCCAUGAAAAAAAGUGAAAAAUCAAUGGUCGAACUUGAAUUGGAAAUUAAUCAGCGAAUUGGUGAAUGGUCGCUGUUGACGGAAAGUGAUAGUGAAUUACAACCCUUGGCUGGGCCAGGUUAUACAGGAAUGCGUAAUUUGGGAAAUUCCUGUUACAUUAACAGUGUUAUGCAAGUUGUAUUCACAUUGCCGGAUUUCAUCAAACGUUUUGUGGGUCAAGGGGCCGAAAAAUAUUUCAAUGAAUUUCCACCUGAUCCAGCAAAUGAUUUUAAUAUUCAACUUGCCAAACUGGGUAAUGGUUUGUGGUCGGGUAAAUACAGCAGCAUAUCGGAAAAUACUCUCGAUUCAGAGCAUACCGGUAUUUCACCGGCAAUGUUUAAAAAUUUUAUUGGCAAGGGACAUCCAGAUUUUGGCACAAAACAACAGCAGGAUGCUUAUGAUUUUUAUUUGCAUUUUAUUAAUCUCUUGGAACGUCAUUCACGCAAUCAAUUCAAUCCCAUUGAGUGUCUAACAUUUGGUGUGGAGGAACGUGUGGAGUGUAUGGCUAGUAAAAAAGUGAAAUACACCAGCCGCGAGGAAUAUUGUCUUCCUUUGACAAUUCCUCUGGAAAAGGCCACCAAUUUGGAUGAAGUAAAGGAAUAUUUGGAGAAAAAAGCCAAUUGUCCAGCUGGUGCCACAAAUGACAAGGACAUUGUACGUCACAAGGUACCAUUGCAGGCAUGCUUGGAGCGAUUUUUUGCCGAUGAAAUUAUUGAUCAAUUCUAUUCAACGGCCAUCAAGGAUAAAACCACAGCCAAAAAAACUGCCCGUUUGGUCAAUAUGCCCGAUUUUCUAAUGAUGCAUUUACGUAAAUUCACCUUGUCCGAUGAUUGGGUACCCAAGAAACUGGAUGUGGCCGUUCAAAUGCCUGAUGAAUUGGAUAUGUCCAAUUGGCGUUCAACUGGUAAACAGCCGUCUGAAGAGCUGUUACCCGAAACGGAAGCUGAGAAGCCGGCAUUUGUUUUUGAUGAGGCAAUUAUGUCGUCAUUGGUGCAAAUGGGUUUCCCCGCAGAGGCCUGCAAGCGGGCUGUAUUCAAUACCAAAAAUAGUGGUGUAGAAGCAGCAUCGAAUUGGCUAAUGGAACACAUUGGUGAUGCUGAUUUCUCUGAGCCAUUUGUGGUGCCAGAUGUUAAUGCCUCAAAAUCCUGGAAUGUUUUUGUUCCCAACCCCGAAAGUCUUGCCAUGCUCAUGAGUAUGGGCUUCGAUGAACAUCAGGCCACAAAAGCCCUAAAAGCAACCGAUGGUAAUGUUGAACGUGCCACCGAUUGGAUAUUUUCUCAUGCCGACGAUAUGGAUAUUGGUGAGGAAACCGCAGCCGCAGCCCCUGAAUCAACGAAUGAUGAGGCCAGUAAAAACACAAAAAAGAAUUAUCGUGAUGGUAAUGGUAAAUAUAAAUUGGUUGCCUUUAUAUCGCAUAUGGGUACAUCCGCUCAAGUGGGUCAUUAUGUUUGUCACAUUAAAAAAGACGGCCAGUGGGUUAUUUUCAAUGACAGUAAGGUUGCUCUAUCACAAAAUCCACCAAAAGAUUUAGGUUAUCUUUAUCUCUACAAAAGGGAAGAAUAA